AUGGAGAGAAUAAAAAAAAAGUAGGAAAAUGUAGUAUCAUUUGAGAUGGAGAAAUACUUAAAGAUGUUGGAGGAUCAUAUUAAAAUGAUGGAUUAAAGUAAGGCCUAUGCAAACAAAUAAGCAACAAUUAUUGGAAGUAACUUUAAAUAAUUAUGCAAAGGAGAUAAAAGUUAUUUGAAAUUGGAUUAAUUAUUAAAAAAUGGAAAAUGGAAGUAUAUUUAUAAAGAGAAAGAGAUGUAUUUAAAUUAUAUAAGUGGUGAAUCAUACAACGAAUUUGGUGAGAAAACUGGCAAAUAAAUUGAAAUGAAACUUUUUGGAGUUUUAAAAAUUGAUAAUUAUGAUUAUCAAGUUAGAGUCAAAUCAUCUAUAUGGGAAAUUAUAUAGAUGUAAAAAGGUUGGCAGAUGGGACAUUAAUUGGAGAGAGGAUAUAUAUUCACAAUUUAAUAUACUGUAAAUUGAUUGUUACACUCUUUAGAGGAGAUGGAUUAUAUGA